CAGCCUUGAGCCUACCUGUUUGUCUAUCAUUUUACUUCUGUGUGAUGGUCUGAUGUCUAUUCUAUAUAGACCGGUCGCGCAAAAAUUUUAAUUUUAAUCUUUUGAGUGUUUGAAUACUUAUUCAACAAAACAGUGGAAUUCUUGUUACCGCAUCAAAGUUUUGGCGUUUUGAUAUAAUAAUGGAAUUAUCCAUUUUAGAGGACUUCGUUAAACUUCUCUUGAAAGAAAAUAUCAUCCAGAAUUAUACAGCACAAAGAGUAACUGUUCGUGAAUUUUACAACAAAAAUUAUAGAGAUGUGGGAAAUAUGUGUUUUUCUGAUUUUAACUUGGAGCUAUGGAAAUACUGGUAUAUAAGUUCCUUUACGAAAAACACUAUAAAAUUUGAUGAACGAUGGAUAAAUUAUUUUGCUCUCCAAGUUGGAGGAAGCUCUGUGAAUAAGGAACCAUUUAACGAACAAGUCUAUAUCAAUGACAAAAAGUGUCUGUUGUGUAAUGUUACCUUUAACAAUCGGGGUAAUUAUGUAGGCCAUUUAGACAAAUUAAGUCAUCAAGUUCGUUUGAGUUACGCUAAAAACAAGGGAAGUUUCAAAAACAAUAAAGAAUUAAAAAUAAGUUUGGUAUUUAAUGGAAAAAAAUAUGCGGAAAAAAAACUACAAGUUCCCGUGAAAACAGAUAUGCAAGCAACUUUACGUAUUCAAAAUAUCUCGAAAAAAAUAAUUAACAUUAUGGAUAUAAUUAAGAUUAAUAGUUUGUUCCGAGAUAUAAACAUUCAAGAAGAAUUUGAGAGUGGAGUUCUUUUGAAGCCCUCUGCUUCCGUUGAUAUUACGAUCAGGGCUUAUUUCGAACAUAGUGUAUCUGUUGUAUAUCCCAUUGUACUAGUUACUGAAGAAAAUAAGUCAAUGCAACAAAGUUUCCAUUUAUUUAUGUUUGAAAUUGAGUCAUUGUCCGAAUUUUCUUUCUUAAAGCCAAAUUCAGGAACAUUUGUUAAUAAAGUACCUGAUGCUUUUACGAUUUUCUCCGCUCAGGGCGAUAUCAUUGUACCAGGACAGAGACCAGAAGAGUUUACGUCGUACUACAAAGAACAGUUACCAUUGAAUCAAUUUAAAAUACCACGUGAACUAGAAAGCACAUUCAAAGAAGUACUAACUAAAUAUCCAGAAUUUGGAUUGAGAGUACCUGUACGUUACAAAACAUUUAGCAACAUAUUGGAGAUUACCCCAGGCAUUGACCAAGAUAACUAUUUUACCAAGCUUGAAAAACUAUUACACAUAGAAGAAAAUCAGUUAAGAAUAGACAUCAGAAAUUACGACACCUUGUCUACUUUGAAGGUUGUCAAAGGAAAAUCCUUGUAUGAACUAGAGGUUCCUGGAUUGGCCGAAGCUAGGCCGUCCCUUUUACGAAAUGACAAAGUAUAUUUAAAAGAGAAGAAGUCUGAUUCUGUUAAGUAUGAAGGAUGUAUUCACGUAGUACUUGAAAAAAGCGUGUAUAUAGGAUUAAAUCAUAGGUUCAACAAAAUAUUUAUUCCCAACAAAAAAUUUCAUAUCGAAUUUGGUUUUAACAGAAGGCCAAUACGAGUUGAGAAACAAGCUCUAUUUCUAGCUCAUAAACAUGGAAUUAUUCCAACGUUAUAUCCAAAGGAAAUUGGGAUUGGGCUAUUAUCUAAAGUCAAUAUGGCAAUGUCCAACAGAACAUUGAAUGAAGAGCAAAUACUUGCAGUUAAAAAUAUUGUCAAGCAUAGAAACUACCCCUUUAUAAUUUUUGGUCCACCUGGAACUGGAAAAACUAUAACAAUUGUGGAAUCAGUGUAUCAGAUUUGGAAACAUUUUCCCAAAUCCCGAAUUCUAAUUUGUGCCCCCUCCAAUGCUGCAACCAAUGAAGUUGCUGUAAGAUUGAGGAAAAUUAUUCCCAAAACCGAAAUAUUUAGACUUCUUGGCGCUGCCUAUUCCCAAAAUAAAGUUGAGUUGCAAGGAAUUGAAGAUAUUGUGAAUAUAGAACAUGGUGAAUUUUUUAUGCCUUCCAUGCAGGAUCUGCUUAAAUACAGAAUAUUGCUAACAACAAUAGUAACUAGUGCAAGGCUGGUUAAUGGCGGCGUUCCACCCAAUCAUUUUUCACAUAUAUUCAUUGAUGAAAGUGGAUAUGCCACAGAAACGCAAACUCUGAUUCCAAUCGCAGGAAUUUUAUCAAACAGUGAACACAAUGGCAAUGUUAUGGCCCAAGUGGUACUUGCUGGAGAUCCGCAACAACUAGGCCCAUUGGUUCAUUCUGGGUUUGCUCAAUAUUGUGGAUACGGUCAGUCAAUGCUACAAAGACUUAUUUUCAAUCAAUUGUAUUCUAAAAAUGAAAACAAUUCAUUUGAUGACCGUUGUGUAACCAAAUUGGUAAAAAAUUACAGAUCUCACGAAUCGAUUCUGAAAACAUCAAGUAAAUUAUUUUAUAAUAAUGAGCUGAUCGCAGCUGGCAAUGAAUUUACGGAUUUGUUCAUUGGCUCAGAUAAUCUUGUAAACCAGAAAUUUCCAGUUAUUUUUCAUAACGUUGAAGGGGAAGACGUAAGAGAUAAAUCAUCACCAAGUUUCUUUAACGUCCAAGAAAUUGAGCAGACUGUUGAAUAUGUUUCAAAAUUACUAUCGACUAAAGCCAAAGGAGUAGCUAUUAAGCAAAGUCACAUUGGUGUUAUCACUCCUUACAGGAAACAGGUUGAGAAGUUGAAAGAAGCUUUCGCAAGUAGAAACUGGAAUUCUUUACUUACUGGAUCCGUGGAGCAGUUCCAAGGAAAAGAAAGACUUGUUAUCAUUAUAUCUACAGUAAGGUCCAAAAAUGCAAGUAAAUUUGAAAAUAUUGACAAGAUGUGCGAUUUAGGUUUUCUGAAAAAUCCAAAGCGACUUAACGUAGCGUUAACAAGAGCGAAGGCCCUUUUAAUCGUAAUUGGUAAUGGAACUGUUUUGAAAACCGACAAAAAUUGGUCCUCCUUCAUACAAUACUGUUCCGAAAACAGAUCUGUAACAGGAAAAAGCUUUAAUUGAGGCUGAAUUGAAGAGUAUUGAAAACUAUUUUAUCAAGCUAUUUGGAGACUUUUUUAGUUUAAGGAUAUUUUUUGAAAUACCAAAUAUAUUUUUUUAAGUGUACUUUAAUGUUUUAAAAUAAAUAAGUUUUAGUUAUU